AUGGGUGCCACCGCCAGCCAUCCGUCGCCGAGGGACGAAAUGCCGCUCCACGUGAGGAUCUCCGACUACUCCAACUUGGUGCGGGUGCCUCUGCUUCACCGGGAGACUGUCCGCACAUUCUCCUUCGGUGGCAUCUUGUGGAUAAUCACAGUGGAACCGAAGCAAUUUAACGAGGGUCUAGCAGAUCGCAUCCAUGUCUGGGUCGACCUCCACUCCCGGUUCAGGUACAAACCAGACUUGGUGCUCCAAGGUAUUGACAUCUCCAUGGAAGUCCUGGACGUGACCGGCGAGAACACCGUCUUCCACGAGGAGACCAAUGGGAUGCUGGAAUCCGAUAGGGUCUUGAUUAUGGUCCUGUACAGGAGGGAGCUGGAGGCAUCGUCCUGUGUCCGCGACGACACCUUCACCCUCAGGUGCACUCUGACGAAGCAGCAGGCAACUUGGUGGCGCCUCUUCUCCAAACCUAACGAGCCCGCGUCCUUGGAGCCGCAGGUCGCCAUGGCCGGAUCCAACAUGCUCACCAUCGGCAGCUUCUACAAGCUCAAGGCCACGCUCCGGGGCGGGGAGUGCACCUACUCCACGCACUUCGCCGUGGGAGGGUGCAGAUGGUACUUCCAAUUCAGCCCCACUGGGGUAAUUAGCCUCGUCCGCGCGAGUAAGGGCACGGCGCCGACAACAGCGGAGUUCAGUUUUGAGCUCGAGGGGGUGGUCAAUUUGGAGUCUGAAAAGAUGACUCACACGUUCAACCAUGCCAACUCUAGAUACUUUUAUAGAUGCAGGCUGGAGCCAAGCACGUCGGCCAUGGAUGACCACCUCAUUGUUCGGUGCCGCCUCACCAUUAUAAUGGUGGAGAGGCUAAGCUUACCCCAUGCCACUAUUGCGGUUGAGAAGAUUCCACGAAAAAUAAUGGUGGAGAAGCCGAGCUUGCCCGUGGACAAGAUUCCUCAAAAAAUAACGGUGGAGAAGCCGAGCUUGCCCCCUGCCGCGAUUCGGAUCACCGCCACCCCGCACACCGAAUCAGUACAAACUCCUCUAUUGAGCGCCAUGUAUGACUGA